GCGCUACAAAAUGGCUGGCUCAGUGCUGGCAGGGAGCAGGGAGGGGCUGGACAUGCCCUUUGUCUCUUUAUGAAAAUUGACCUGCCCCCCGCGCCGCCAUGUCCCAGCAGGCCCUCAGGUCAGGCCUCCCGCAGCUACGGAAGCGGCGUAUCGCUAAGAAGAAGAUGCUGAGACGAGGAACGCCGCUCAAGGAGGGAAACAAUGAGGAGAAGUGUGAGGUCCCCAUCAUGCCAAGCGGGGAGCUGGACAUGUUUGGGCUGGUGGGCGGGGCUGCGGACGCCAGCAGUGCCGGUACCUCCGCCAUGCACCACCACCACCCGCCCUACCACCUCCGCCGCAAGUCCCACAACCUCAUCAUCACCAACUUCAAGAUGGCCGCGGCGGCAGCAGCAGCAGCGGCGGCGGCCACCGUGACGGCGUCCCCCACCACCGCCUCCCCGGCCUGCGUCACGGCGGCCACCGCAGGGCUGCCCACGGCCGCCACCAGCUCCACCCCGGUGCUGUCGCCCACGGCCGCCAUCACCGCCGCCACCGCCUACUGCCCCUCCAUGCUGCCCACACGCAAACGUCCUCGCAGAACUUACUUCACGGGGGAUUCUUCCACAGGGUUGGGUUGUAGUCCUGCGGCACAUUACCUCUUGUAUGAACUUCCUGACGAGGUGCUACUCACCAUUUUUUCUUACCUGUAUGAGAGGGACCUGUGUCACGUAGCACAAGUCUGUAAACGCUUCUACACAAUAGCUAAUGACAAUGAACUAUGGAAAAAUCUGUAUCAAGGUCUUUAUGAGUAUGACCUUCCGCUCUUCAACCCUUCACCAUGCAAGUUUGACUUUGUCCAGCCAGAGGACUGUGAUUAUGAGAACCCCUGGAAGGAAAGCUUCAAGCAGCUCUACCACGGCGUGCAUGUUAGAGAGGACUACCACAAGCAAGGCAGCAAGGAGGUUGGGCGGUCUGUGGCUUACUUCGAGACCAUCCAGGCGGCCUUUGAAUACUGUGAUGACACGGAGCGGCCCCUCGUGCUGAUCCACUCAGGGGUGUACCGGAGCCGCCUCGUCAUAGAGACCAACAUCUCCCUCAUUGGGGCAGCGCCAGGCAAUGUUGCGGAGAACGUCAUACUGGAGCAGGAGAGCGACUCAACAGUGCUCUUCAUGGAGGGCGCACAGAAGGCUUACCUCGGCUAUGUCACCAUCAAGUUCUCCCCGCCCAGCUGCACCGAGCCUGUCCCGCACCUCAAGCUCUACGCCCUUGAAAUCCAGGAAAACUGCUCCCCGACGAUAGAGCACUGCAUCAUUCGCAGCGUGUCCCACUUGGGGGCGGCUGUGUGUGUGAGUGGGCCGGGAGCCGAGCCAGGGAUACGCCACUGUGAGAUCAGCGACUGCGAGAACGUGGGGCUUAUCAUCAAGGACCGAGCGCAGGGCCAUUACGAGGACAACGAGAUCAGUCGCAACGCACUGGCCGGCAUAUGGGUCAAGGAUUACGCCAACCCCAUCAUGAGGCGUAACCACAUCCACCACGGGAAGGAUGUGGGCAUAUUCUGCUUCGAUGGGGGACAGGGUUAUUUCGAGGCCAAUGACAUCCACAACAACCGCAUCGCUGGCUUUGAGGUGAAGGCCCAGGCUAACCCGACGGUGGUUCGCUGCGAGAUCCACAACGGGCAAACGGGUGGCAUCUACGUCCACGAACACGGAAUGGGGCAGUUUAUCGAGAACAAGAUCCACUCCAACAAGUACGCCGGCGUGUGGAUUACCUCAAACAGCAACCCCACCAUCAGAAGGAACGAAAUCUACAACGGCCUACAGGGUGGAGUGUACAUCUUUGGGGACGGCCGAGGGCUCAUCGAACACAAUAAUAUCUAUGGUAAUGCGCUGGCAGGCAUUCAGAUCCGCACCAACAGCGACCCCAUCGUGCGGCACAACAAGAUCCACGAUGGGCAGCACGGGGGGAUCUAUGUGCACGAGAAGGGGCAGGGCCUCAUAGAAUGCAACGAGGUCUAUGCAAAUACGUUAGCUGGCGUCUGGAUCACCACGGGAAGCACACCCGACACUCGGAGGAAUCAGAUCCCGGGUAAGCAGGUUGGGGUGUACUUCUAUGACGGCCACGGCUUGUUAGAGGACAAUGACAUCUUCAACCACUUAUACUCAGGAGUACAAAUCAGGACUGGAAGCAACCCCAUCAUCCGUCGUAACAAGAUAUGGGGGGGCCAGAACGGGGGGGUGCUGGUGUACAACGGUGGGCUGGGGCUGCUGGAACAGAACGAGAUAUUCGACAAUGCCAUGGCCGGCGUGUGGAUAAAGACGGAUAGCAACCCCAUCCUGCGGCGGAACAAGAUAUACGAUGGGAGGGAAGCCGGUAUUUGUAUAUUUAAUGGAGGCAAAGGGUUACUAGAGGAAAACGAGAUCUUCCGAAAUGCACAAGCUGGUGUUCUAAUAUCCACGCAGAGCCACCCCACACAGAGCCAUCCCAACCUGCGGCGGAACCAGAUCUACGAUGGGCUGGCAGCGGGCAUUGAAAUAACCAAUAACGCAACGGCAACGCUAGAGCACAACCAAAUAUUCAAUAAUCGUUUUGGUGGUCUUUGUUUAGCAUCGGGAGUGAACCCAAUACAGAGAGGCAACAAGAUCUUCAGCAAUCACGACGCCGUGGAGAAGGCGGUGUCCAGCGGUCAGUGCCUCUACAAGAUCUCCUCCUACACCAGCUUCCCCAUGCACGACUUUUUUCGCUGCCGGACCUGCAACACCACAGAGCGGAAUGCCAUCUGCGUGAACUGCAUCAAGACGUGUCACAACGGCCACGUGGUGGAGUUCAUCCGUCACGACAGGUUCUUCUGUGACUGCGGCGCCGGGACCCUAAACAACCAGUGCCAGCUCCAAGGCGAACCCACGCAGGACACCGACACGCUCUACGACUCUGCCGCGCCCAUUGAAUCACAGUCCCUGAUGGCGGAGGUUUAACUGCCGGCUGAGAGUCUUGUAAUGUGAAGUUUCUAUUUAGACUCUGCCUCCGAUACUCCACCGGCCUUUUGGUUUAUGAUCAGUAUUUAGAAAAGCAGGAUUAGUGUCUCCGUGCACUUGACUUGUAACCAAACACAAAGUAUUGGCAAGUUUCCAUAGACUAUAUUACCCACCUUUGUACUGUGAUUUGUCCACACCACCCAUAGCUAUAUAGUGGAUUAUAUUUCUAUUGCUAUGAACUCCCUGUGGACCCAGGAACAGGAGAUGCUUGAUAUUAUGCAGUACUCUUUGGAAGCAGUCUGCACCAGCUGGAAAUACAGUGAUGUGGAAAACAAAAAUCUCAAGGAAGUGAA